CGGGAGACGGCUAGGAGGGAAGAACCGCUACACAGCCUCCAAACCCGUUUUAGUUAGACAUUUGUUUUUACUUAAUAACAGUUAAUAUUUGCUCGCGCCGAUCUCAAGAUGGAGUCUACCCCUUUUCCAGAGGAGGCGUCGGAGAAGAAAGUUUGUGUUGUUGGGUCGGAGCUAGUGGAAAACUACACUGUCUACAUCAUUGAUGUGAUGGACGGAGAGCACAGAUGGACUGUGAAGCACCGCUACAGUGACUUCCACGACCUCCAUGAGAAGCUGACUGCAGAGAAGAAGGUUGACCGACGACUUCUUCCUCCUAAGAAGAUUUUGGGAAAGAAUUCAAAGAGUCUGGUGGAGCGCCGGCAGAAGGAGCUGGAGCUCUACCUGCAGACGCUGCUGCAGCAGUUCCCACACGCCACGCCCGCUCCGCUCGCCUGCUUCCUACACUUUCACCUCUAUGAAAUAAAUGGCAUCACAGCAGCACUGGCCGAGGAGUUAUUCCAUAAAGGUGAACAGCUGCUGCAGGCUGGCGAGGUGUUUUCCCUGCAUCCUCUGCAGCUUUACUCCGUCUCCCAGCAGCUCCGUCUGGCCAAGCCGACCUGCUGUAAUGGAGAUGCCAAAACCGACCUUGGACAUAUCCUCGACUUCACCUGCAGGCUCCGAUAUCUCAAGAUCUCUGGUACCAGAGGUCCAGUAGGAACCAGUAACAUCGAGGAGAGCAGUCUCCCCUUCGACCUUUCCAUUUUCAAAUCAUUGCUGCAAAUAGAGAUCAGUGAAUGCAGCUCUCAGCAGAUUCAGGGUUUGUCGUCUCUGAGGUCGAGUCUGGCGACUAUGAGUGUCCACCGCACCACAGAAACUAUGAUGUCGAUCCUGGUCCCAGAGGCAAGCGAGUUCUCACAGUGGGAGCCUGAGGGGGCGGAGUCUGGCUGUCCCGUCACCGCCGUUAUCCCUGUGUGGAGAAACCUGACGACACUGGACAUGAGCCACAACUGCAUUGGCACCAUCGACAGCUCAGUGAAGCUGAUUCGCAAGGUGGAGUUUCUGGAUCUGAGUUACAACCAGCUUUCCUCAGUGGAAAACCUCCAGCACCUGUACAACCUGGUCCACGUGGAUCUGUCCUAUAACAACCUGCGGGUCCUUGAGGCUGCUCACACUCGUCUGGGCAACAUAAAAACCCUUAGUCUGGCUGGCAACCAGUUGGACCGACUCACCGGCCUCACCAAGCUCUACUCUCUUGUCAACCUGGACCUCAGCCACAACCAGCUGGCCCAGUUGGAGGAGAUCAGGAACAUCGGCUCUCUGCCCUGUCUGGAGAAACUCAACUUGUCCAGUAACCCCAUGUGCAUCAUCCCAGACUACAGAACCAAAGUCCUGGCCCAGUUUGGAGACCGUGCAGCAGAGGUUUGUUUAGACAGUAAAGUGACGACAGAGAAGGAGCUGGACACAGUGGAGGUGUUAAAAGCCAUUCAGAAAGCCAAAGAAGUCAAAGACAGGAUGAGCAGCAGCGACAAGAAGAUCAGUGAGGAGACCAGGCUGUCUGCUGCUGCACCUCCUCACCUCUCCUUCCCCUCUCCCCCCUCCUCCUCCUCCUCCUCCACCUGCUGCUCCUCUGCUGUCGCUCCUCCUACUGUCACCUCCUCCUCUUCCUCCUCUUCCUCUUCCUGUCCGGCCCAGCAGGCUGCCUGCCCCAGCCAAGAAGUGACGAGCAGAGAAGAAGCCGCAGUCCCCCCCAGUGUUCUCCCUCCUGUGGACGCGGCACCUCCCCCUGAAAGCUUUAACACCAACACACACCUCCUGUCUGCUGAACCCGCCCAGAAACAAGAACCUGCUGUCAGUCUGUCUGAAAACACACACUGUGGAGCUCCCACAAGUAUAACUACUACUACUACCAUGGCUACUACUGUCUGCUGUGUCUGUUCCUCUUCGUCCUCUCGACCAGUUGAAACGAUUUGUUCGACAUGCAGCGCCACCUGGUGUCCUCUACUUCCCUCUCGCCUUUUCUCCCUCUCCUCCUCCAACAAAGACUUCAUUACCCAGCUCUCCCAGUGUCUUAGUGUCACCCUGAAGGAGCAGAAGAAGAAGAAGCAGGAAGACGAGGGAAAGGAGGAGAGGGAGGAGGAGAAGAGGUCUGAAUCUGGAGAGGUUCAGUCCCAUGUGGAGGACACCAAGGUGGGCAGUCCAAGUCCUGGCUCCAGGGACGGAUACUUUGAGAUGGGUCUGGAUGACUCUGUGGAGGAGUCAGUCUGCUCCUCCUCUACUUCACUUGCUGCACCUCCUGCAGAGGAGCCCCGUGGCCACCAGGGGGAACUGUGCAACGAGGAGGAAGAAGAGGAGGAGGUGCACAUCAGUAGGGUUCUGUGGUGCUAUUGCCUUCAGGUGGACAAGGAAGUGGAGCAGAAGGAGGCGUGCCUUGUCCUGACGGACCGACUGCUGGGACUGCUGCACCUAUCAGAUGACUUCACGUUGACCAGUCUGGAUUCAGACCUGGAGCAUGGUCCGCCUGUGAAAGAGGUGCUGUCAGGUCUGCAGAUGGACCUCCUGCUGCCUUAUUCCCAGCUCCUUCUGUCCUCUCGAGCCGAGCUCCCCGACUGCUGCCUCGCCUUCGGGCUCCAGUCUGGUCAAACCUGCUGGUACGUCUUCUCCGAGGCUGACGAGCUCCGGCAGACCAGGACCGAGCUGACAGCGCUGAUCCAGGCAGGAGAGUCUCACACUGACCCCAAGCCCCCAAACACUCCCCAGCUCCUCCCCCCUUCGCUCAUCAACUCCUGGGAGCUGGAGGAGAGUCAGGGAGCCCAGGGAGGCUACCCUGCCCACCUCUUCUCCUCCUCCUCCUCCUCCUCUGCCCCGGACACCCAUCCUCUCCUGUUGGACAUCUUAUCCCAGAAAGAAGAUCCCUGCCUCCCUUCUCUCCUCUUCCUCACCCACCGACACCUGUGGGUGCUGAAGAUUGACUUCAGAGAGCUGGCGGAAAGAGAGAGGGGCAACGCUGACCUUCGUCACCCCUCCUCCUCCUGGGGCAGGCUACUCCGUGUGCCCCUCGGCUCCGUGGUGCUUCACCCCAGAGAGAGAGCUCCUCAGGUCGGGGACAGAACCAGCAACUCCCCCUGCCCUGACCCAAAACACCUCCACAGGAGGAGUCACACUGUGGAGCUGCUGAUGGGAAAUCAGACGCUGCUGCUGCUCUUCCCUCUGGCCCUGGACAGAACAUCUUUCUUGGGGGAGCUGAGCCAGCGGAGAGCGUCCAUGGAGGGGCUGAAGAUGUUGGCCCUGCCCAAAACCUGCAGGCCCUGCCCACAAGGAGAACAUACACAAGACCGUUACAGAUACAGAGGCCAGUGCAGUUGUACCAGUACCAGAAAAUCACAUAACUCCAGCAGCUGGGACUCUUCCCAUCUGCAGCUGGAAGAGAACCAGCCAUCCCCCCACCUCAUCCCUGGUCUCUCCCCAGGACUGAAGCUCCUGGCUGGGCUUGGAGGACAGCAGCUGUUGGACUUCUUCCACAGAUAUAUUGCACUGUCUGAAGCGGAGGAGGUGAGACAGGUCUUGUGGCUGUCUGUGGUCCUCUACAAGUCUCCAGAGGCUGAGCUCACCUGCUGCCUGCUGCUCUCCACUGAUACCAUCUACUUCUUGUUGGAGGACUCUGCCUCCACCCUUGGCCAUCACUCAGUGUUGGACAUAACAGACUCUGGAGAUCCAGACGUCUAUCUAUGCUGCUGUCUGUCCAUCAGACUGUCUGAGCUGCUGUCUGUCAAUGUGGGACUGUUCGACCAGUACUUCAGAGUCGUAGGUCGUUCGGCAGAUCACAUCGUGUGCUGUCUCAGCAGAGACAGUUAUGGGACGGGCGUCUUUCUUCAGGAGCUGAUGUCAGUUCUCAGUCUGCAGCAGCAGCUUCCUCCUCCAGAGCCGUCAGAUCAAGACUUCUACUCCCAGUUCACCAACACAAACACAGGUAAGAUGCAGAACUACGAGCUGGUCCACAGCAGCAGGGUGAAGUUUAUUUACCCCAGUGAGGAGGAGAUGGGAGACCUGACCUUCAUCGUGGCAGAGAGGAAGACUCCGGCCAGUGCAGCCUCUUCGUCAUCACGCUCCUUUAAUAUCCUGCUCUACCUGCUGGUUUUCCAGGUCCAGAUCCCCAGCAGUCUGCCCAGCCAAGGCUCUGCCCUCUCAGGCCCGUCCUCCUCCACUUCAGGCUCAUUCCCAUCUCCUGUGCUCCAGCCCAGGACCCUGAUCCUGACCAGCACUGAUGUGUUCCUGUUGGACGAGGACUACAUCAGCUAUCCUCUGCCCGACUUCGCCAAAGAACCUCCCUCCAGGGAGCGGUACCAGCUGCGUGAGGCUCGGAGGAUCCGGGACCUGGACCGGGUCCUGCUGGGCUACCAGACGUACCCUCAGGCUCUGACCCUGGUGUUCGAUGACCUCCCCGGCCCCGACCUGCUCUGCCACCUCACCAUGGACCACUUUACCGCCGGAGGGGAGGAGGCCCUGCCCAGAGGUGGUGGAGCCAGCGGGGGCGCAGAGGGCGAGGUCCAGUGGUGCGUCUUUGUCCCGGGAGCAGACAGCAGAGAGAGGCUGAUCUCACUACUGGCUCGGCAGUGGGAGGCACUGUGCAGCCGGGAGCUUCCUGUGGAGCUCACCGGCUGAUUGGUCAACAGGGAAGGACGGACAGAUGGUUGACUGUUCAGCACCUAGGUAGUUAGUUGGUGGGAGGUGAUUGGCAGGUGGAGUCAUCAUGUGACUUAUAUCAUUUACAUAUGAUUUCAGAGCUUGGUUGGUUUAAAGGUCUCAGUAUGCUUCAAACAAAGUAGUUUGAAUUUGUCACCUCCACGUCUGCAGGUGCAAAGAUGUGGCAGGAGUUAGAUUCAGACCCUGUUAGAUGAUCCAACAGGCACUUUGUUUGAAGCGUACCGACACCUUUAGGCAUGUUUCUUACAGACUGGAGGGAAUGCAGCUGUGGUCAAAGGUCGUUUGGUGUCCGCCACAGAAAAAACUGAGGGUCAGUAGGACCCAGCGGAUUCCAGUCGGCCAUUACAGACAGUAGGAUAGGAGGGACCCGUGACCUCACAAGGAGCCAAACAAGUGGGAGUUUCUGGCACAACCUCACCUUCUUGCCAAGUGUCUCACACGGAGCAGAUUUACUGAUUCAAUGACUGACGUGACAGACAGAGAGACAGACAGACAGAGAGACUGGUGUUGCACCACAGGGGGCGCUGCAGACAGUCCACAGGAGUUCUACCGGAUUUUAUUUAUCAUUAUCUUAAAGGAACAGUUUGUCAUCUUUGCUAAAUCCUCUUGUUCUCUGUCUUCUCCAGAGUCAGAUUAGAAGAAGGAUAUCAGUUUCAUCUCUUUAUAUCCAGCACAGAGAGAGAUCCAGGACAUGUUUAGUCUUGCUUAGCACAAAGACUGGAAGCAGACGGAAACUGCUCCAUCACAAGUCAAGAAAAUCCAUCUCCAAAGCUGUUUGAUUUACAUGUUCUUAUUUAUGUAAAGUUGGUCUUAAAACCAAAAAUCACUUUCCAUUUUUACAUGUGUUCAGUCUGAAUCUAGUUGAGACGAGAGGAUUUCUCAAAAUGUCAGACUGUUAUUUUAAGUAACACACGCACACACACACACACACACACACACACACACACUUAGCUGCUCGGCACAAUCUGCUUUCUGAACAUUUUAUUCCUUGCACAUUGUAAUUAAUUAAGCAGUAUUACUGAACUGUAUACUGAAGCUUUUUAUUAAUAUUAUAUGAAUAUAAUUGUUGCUUUGGGACAGACAGAUGUUUCCCGUCCCGAAGCUGAUUUUGUACUAAACAUGAAGGUCCUGAUGAUAUUUCCAACAUGAACUCGGAAAAGUCAUAUAUAUACUAUUAUUAUUAUUGAGUAUUAUUUUUUAUAUUUUCUUUGUGUUUUAUUUUAACAUAUGUUUUUCCUACAUUAUUAUUGACAAAUGGGAAGCCAGCCACUUUCCCACUCUUCACCACUGUGGUUUAAGUUCUAUGUUGUUGUCUUGUUAAAGGGGAAUGCCACUAAAUUAAAGUGAAAAUAACCCCCACUCCCCCCCCCACUUAAAAAUAAUUCCUGUUUGGUUCUUCGAAAGUCAGCAGGAUCAAACCACAGUUGGAACACUGUUGAGCUGAUACAGCAUUUAAACUAAAAAAAACAGUUUGACUCUGGGACCAGCAAGAUGUGAAUCACUCUUUCUGAGGAGAAGCCAAAUAAACUGACACUGUGAUUCACUCGGUCACUGCAAAAGUGUAUUUUAACAGGUAUUAUUAAGACCAGAAAUCUUAGUCUCUUAAAACAAGUGAAAAGAAACCUGCUGUUGGUGUGAGAUCAUUCCCCAUUUCAACACAAAUGAAGUUUCAAGAAUUUCCAUUUCCAUGGUGCAGUGACAUUUUAAUAAAUUAUUAUUAUUACAUUCACCUGCAAUUACUCUGCCAUCAAAAUCACUUAUUUAAAACACUGGCAUGGACUGGAAAGGAUGUAGGAAGUAACAGACCAAUAAUUUGACUAACCUGGGGGUUCGUUUCUAAAAUUUCCUUGACCUGUCAGAGUUGGCAAUGACUAGCAAUGUCACCACAUUUCCAGAUCUCAGCUUUAAAGUUGGUGAGUAAUUACUGAUAGAAAUAAACUAUCAAAAUAAAACCCAAAUUGUAAUAAAGCAGAUGCUACAGACUUGGCAUUGGGAUAAUUUCACAGGUAGUUUAUUUAUUUAUUUUGCAGGGACAAAGUAUAUUAAUAAGAUUUCUGACAACACGCCAAAAGGUUAAUUUUCAUCUAUAGUCACUGGGCACAUACUAAAGAUAAAACCUUCUCAAUGGAAAAAAAGCAGCACAAUAUCAUAACAUACGAUAAAAAAUCCUAUACAAUAAUACUCUAACAUAUUUUUAAUGCAAUAAAGGAAACAAGAACACAUACUAUAAAAUAAAUGAACCUUAUUUGUACUCAGCAAGUCAAUACAGGCACAUAGACCCUGUCCUAAUGUACACAGAUGUCAUUACUUAGGAACCAGUCCUUUAAUUGAAUGUAGCUUGUGUGAGAAAAUUGUCGCAUUCAUGAGAAUUUCACUUGCAUCAGUGGACAUGCGUUUUCUUGUAAAUCUAAAGUUUAAUGUUUGAGUUGAUGCAAAUCGUUUAGCACUGAGUUAAAAUAUUUUGACAUUCUGUGGCAAUGGCAUUUCCUAAAGACCUUGUGAAGCAGAACCUUUUGUGUCCUGCAGGGCCUCAGCUGCCACUGAGGACAUGUACUUGAACUUUUUCUUCUGGGGAGGUUUAACCAACCUUGGGGUACUUUACUUGUUUUGGCUAAUUCUAGUAUUUUAAGACAUCAGCCUUGUGCUUGAUUGCUUAUAAUCGAUUUCCGACUGAGUAGAGAGGUCCUUGAAACAGUAUGCAAGCUUUAAUGUUGAGAUAUUGAACACUUGAUUUAUGGAUUUGUGAUUUCAUAAUAACUUACUUGGAGGUUUCCUGGACAGACCUAUGAAAUUAGGUGUUAAUGACUGAGAAAAUAUAGACAAUGUUCUGAUAUGCAGUUUUGUUGGCUUAUGAUCUCUUUCCAGUGGAAACUUGCAAAAGAUAAAUGCACAGCCUCUGUUUCCCACAGGACACAAAAAGCAUCUUAAAAACAUAAAAA